AUGCAUGUCUCGUCGAAAGCCGCACUUACGUGCAUCAGCCCGCUCAAUGUUGUGGAGCAACGAGACAAAUGUCGGCUCAUCCUUGACCUGCGGAAGGUCAACGCUCACCUCCAAGUUCCCAAGUUCAAGUACGAAGGCUUGAGUCGGGUCGCGGAAAUCAUUCGCCCAAACGACUGGAUGUUCACAAUCGAUCUCAAGUCAGGCUACCACCACGUCGAAAUCCACCCAUCGUGCUGGAAGUUUUUGGGCUUUCAAUUGGGCGGAAAUUUCUAUUGCUUCACAUCCUUACCUUUCGGCCUGGCAACAGCCCCGUUCGUCUUCACCCAGCUUAUUAAGCAACUAGCCAAGAGAUGGCGCGCGCGCGGAGUGCGCGUAAUACCAUACGUGGACGAUCUACUAUUCCUCUGCGACUCCGAGGCGCUAGCCCGUUCGACGUGCAUCGAAGUUCUCUACGACCUGAAGGCGGCAGGAUUCGUGAUAAAUUCUAAGAAAUCACACCUGCAUCCCGCACACCACUUGCGCUUUUUGGGGAUGGAGCUUGACACGGAACGAGGGAUGUUCAUUGUCGGAAAGGAUCGGCGCGAACAACUACUGCAGGAGCUCCACCUACUUAUAAAAAAAGGGCAAUCGGGUCGCCAAGUGCCGAUUCGCAAGAUAGCCCGGAUCACUGGAUUUCUCAGCUCCAUGUCGCUCGCGCUGGGCACGACGGCGCGUGCCUUCAGCCAUGAGCUUCUGCACUUGAUCGACUCCGCAUGGUCAUGGAACUCAAAGGUUUUAUUGUCACCAGGAGCGACCGAGGAGCUGCUGUUUUGGACAAUGCACUUCGAUCGUUUCAAUGGCGCCCCAUUCCACCAGAGUCAGCGUUUUGAUGCCGUGAUACACGUCGACGCAAGCGCACACAGCUGGGGUGCCACUCUGGCCAAGUUCCCAAGUACAUCAUGCGACGCAAGCUAG